AAUGCCCGACUGAACUCAAUUUUCACGGAACGCAAUUGUGGGGGAGACCAAUCUCCAACGGCGACCAACCCACUUGUUUCUGAAAGUAGUCUUCUUCCCACGACAGCCUCAUCUUUUGCUGUGAGGAAAAUUGACAAUCCAACCUCUCGUCAAGCAAUAUAUUUGAAGCGCAGAGAUGGAAUUAUCAAGAAGGCCAAUGAACUGUCAGUGUUAUGUGACACAGAUGUUGGUGUUAUAAUAUUUUCUCCUUCUGGUAAAUUGACUAGUUUCGCAAGCAAUGGAAGGGUUGAGGAUGUCUUCCUACGUUUUAUUAACCGACGUGAUGGAUCGAAAGGGGGACCUAUUUGGAAUGAAGAGUAUUUAUCCCAAAGGCUCAAGCAGUUGAAGCAAGAAGCAGAAAUGCUGGAAAAGAUAGAAAAAAUUGAGGAACUUGAGGAGACACUUUACAAACUCAAUCGGCAGCUACUUGAGGCACAGGAAAAGAUGAGGUAUUACGAGCCAAAUGUGGAGAAGAUUACCUCACUUUUUGAAGCUGGAGUGUACCAACAAUCCCUUGAGAAUGCAAUUCAAUGUAUAGAACAGUCCAAACAGGCCAAGUUUGUGGGUAACCGGAUUGUGCAGCAAUCAAAUGACAAUAAGGAGGUAGCUGCUUCUUUUGCUGUGGUGGAUGAAGAAACAAACACUGAUGAGUCUUCAAAUGCAAACAAAAAUAGGAAUCCAUUGCGUGAUGAACAUCAUCAUAAGGAAAGGAACUCUGCGGGACCCCACCUAAGCCUUCAUUUCCUGGAAACGCAAAAGAAUUGGAAUUUGUCACGUGGCGGACAGGCUCCAAGGUUGAACAUCAAGUGAUUCACAAAUACUGUGUUGAAGAAACUCAAAUAAGAAUUUUCACAGUGAUUUAAGGUCACUGGAACUUGAUAACUCAUUUGAAUUACUAGUUUGUGGUUUUUAUGAUGAGAAGCAGAAUGCCUUUCCUUUGCUAGGGUUUUCUGUUACUCAUGGUUUUUAAUUCAGUAGUUCUUGUUUGAAUGCUCAAUAACAUUAUAUAAAUGCUGAAAGUUAUUUGGAAUGUCAUCUGCUAGAUGUUUCUUAGAA